UUUAAAUUGAUUUUCACUAGUGUAACCCAAAUGUAAACAAAUGCACAGCUGUUUGAAUUAAAAACAAACAAACGAAAAGUAAACAUUCCCGAUGCAGUAUGGAAUACCGAAACAACGAUCCUGGUGCAGUGCAGUAUGGAAACUUUAUUAAUUACUACAAAUUCAACAAUGCUGGACAACGUGUAAAAUUGCUUCCACCUGAUGUAUGGCUUACAAGUGAAGAUAUUGAAUCAAGGGAAACAUACCUGGCCCUCGAUGUGGGUUGCAAUGCUGGAAACCUCACAAACCUAUUGUACACCUUUUUAAAUGAAUGUUUAGGUGUGCCACGCAAUCGCGAAACAAAAAUACUCGGAAUCGACAUAGAUGCAGAUUUGGUGAAACGAGCAGUAGUCGGAAACGAGUACCCUCAAAAUGUGAGUUAUUCUAAUCUGGACAUUAUGGAUUCAGAAGCUUUUGAGUAUGUAAAAAAGUACCUACGUCAAAAUAAUCGCAAAACUUUCGACGCAGUUUGUUGUUUUUCUGUAACAAUGUGGAUACAUUUGAACCAUGGGGACGAGGGUUUGCAUCAAUUUCUGCAAAAACUUAGCGACAUUUCAGAGUUACUCGUAGUAGAGCCACAACCAUGGAAAUGUUAUCAAACAGCCGUCAGACGAAUGAAACGCGCUGGAGAUGAAUUCCCCCUAUUCGCCGAUCUGCAAUGGCGCACAAACGUGGAGAAUACUAUACAAGAUUUUUUAGAAAAUAAUUUGGGAAGAAAAAAGAUUUUCGAAUGUUUACCUACACGAUGGCAACGGCGUAUUUGCUUUUAUAGAUGAAAUAAAAUGCUUGUUACAUUCUAAUUCCAGA